GAUCUGUGGUUGCCUAUUUUACAUCCGCAAAGUUUCUUCUUUAUCUUGGACAUGCACUGUCCACUUGGGGAGAUCGUAUGUGGCAUUUUGCUGUGUCUGUAUUCCUGGUUGAACUUUAUGGAAACAGCUUACUCUUGACUGCGGUCUAUGGACUGGUUGUGGCGGGGUCAGUUCUUCUCCUGGGAGCCAUUAUUGGAGACUGGGUGGACAAGAACUCCAGGCUCAAAGUGGCCCAGACAUCCUUGGUUGUACAGAAUGCAUCCGUCAUCCUGUGCGGUAUUAUCCUGAUGAUUAUCUUCCUGUUUAAGACACAGCUUUUGACCUUAUACCACGGAUGGCUUCUUACGAUGUGCUAUAUCCUGGUUAUCACAAUAGCAAAUAUUGCCAAUUUGGCCAGCACUGCCACAGCGAUCACAAUUCAGAGGGACUGGAUUGUUGUGGUUGCAGGGGAAGACAGAAGCAAACUGGCAGAUAUGAAUGCCACAAUAAGAAGAAUUGAUCAGUUGACCAAUAUCUUGGCCCCAAUGGCAGUUGGUCAGAUAAUGACAUUUGGCUCCCCGAUGAUUGGCUGUGGAUUCAUUUCUGGCUGGAACCUGAUGUCAAUGUGUGUGGAGUAUCUCCUGCUCUGGAAAGUUUACCAGAAAACCCCUACUCUGGCUGUCAAAUCUGCAAAGGUUGAAGAAUCGGAACUGAAACAGCUGAAUGUAAAGAAAGAGUGUGACAUGAAACCUGCUGAAGGAGUGCAGUUAAUUGUUGAGAAAGAUGUAACUGGCUUUGAGCCCCAACAGAAGGAAAUCAGCUGUGCUGCCCGGAUUGCUGAACCUUUCAUCACGUUUCGUGAUGGAUGGGUUGCGUACUACAACCAGCCAGUGUUUCUUGCAGGCAUGGGUCUUGCAUUUCUGUAUAUGACUGUUCUGGGCUUUGACUGUAUUACUACAGGCUAUGCAUACACUCAGGGUUUGAGUGGCUCUGUGCUAAGCCUCCUGAUGGGUGCCUCGGCAGUCACUGGAAUCAUGGGAACAGUAGCUUUCACUUGGCUUCGUCGCAAAUGUGGUCUGGUUCGCACGGGCCUGAUUUCUGGAGUUGCUCAGUUGGCUUGUCUGGUCUUAUGUGCCAUCUCGGUAUUCAUGCCUGGAAGUCCUCUGGAUUUGACUGUUUCCCCGUUUGCUGACAUCAGUGCCAGGCUGUUUGAAAGUGAACCAUUACCUACUAUGGCAUCUCCAGAAGAUAAGCCUGAAAUGAUUUUUGCAACUGGAGUGCCCAACUUGUUAAACGGGUCUACUACUCCUGCUAACACUGUCCCAGAGAUGAGUCCUGAGCCUGUGCCUUUAAUCUCUGUUAGUCUCCUGUUUGCAGGAGUCAUUGCUGCUAGAGUUGGCCUUUGGUCCUUUGAUUUGACUGUCACACAGUUGCUCCAAGAAAAUGUGGUAGAAUCUGAAAGAGGCAUCAUAAAUGGUGUCCAAAACUCCAUGAAUUAUCUUCUUGAUUUGCUGCACUUCAUCAUGGUCAUCUUGGCCCCAAAUCCUGAAGCUUUUGGCUUAUUGGUGCUUAUUUCUGUGUCUUUUGUUGCAAUGGGCCACAUAAUGUAUUUCAGAUUUGCCCAAAAAACCUUGGGAAAACAAAUUUUUGUUUGUUGCACUCCCAAUCCCAAAGCGGUCUCUGACAGUUCACCACCUGGUAAUACAUCUACUGUCUGAAAGGAUCUGCUUCUCAACUAACUUGCUACACAAAUGUCAUGGUUAAACACAUAUACUGCUUUUUGUGACCCUGUCUAAGGUGUUUCUGUAGAGUUGAAUACAUAACUUAGCUGUUUGAGGAAGCUGUCCCAAGAGAGCUAAAAUUCGUCUUACAGUGACCCUGUAAAACUGUUUCACGUUUGGCAGAGGACAACCUAGUUGGAUCAUGACAGCUGGUGUUUCAAAGGAUCCCCACAAGUC